GAUCCGCGGGCAAAUCCAUCAGAAUAAAGCGACGCUCUCGAGCUUCUCACGGAUAACUUAUCUGUUCCUUCGUAAAGUUCUUCCAGUGUUCUUCUAAAGCUCUCUCGAAAGUUUCUCUGCGUUUCGCGACAAUGUCUUACGAGGGAAGGAGGAGAAACUACGAGGAUUCCAACACCGAGGGCGUAGCCACCGGGGAGGACAACUACAGCGGCGGCUAUGGAGGAGGAAGGAGCAGGAAUUCUUCCGGCUACGACGACAAUGAGGGUGGAUACAAGGCCAAAUCCGACGACUACGGCAGUGGAGGUGGUGGCUAUGGCGGGAGAAAGUCCGACGGCUACAGCAAGAAAUCUGGCGACUACGACAACGAAGGUGAAGGCUACGGGAGAAAAUCCGAUGACUACUCCAGUGGAUAUGGCAAGAAAUCCGACGAUUACAGCGGUGGAGGCUACGGGAAAACCUCCGACGAGUUCAGCACCGAGAACUAUGAUUCGGAAAAGAAGAGCAAUGAAUUUGGAGGCUACGGAGAGAAGAACGAUGAAUUUGGAGGCUAUGGAAAGAAGAGCAGCUAUGGUGACCGAACGAAGAAACCGGAGGAGGAAGACUACACUCAAGGAGAUGGCUAUGGUGGGCGGAGUAAGAAACAAGAGGAUGGCAAUUACGAUCAAGGUUCCGGAUAUGGUGUCCGAAAGGACGAUGAGAGUGACUAUACAAGGAAAAACCAGGAAGAAGAAGAGUUCUCGGUGAAGGAGAAACUGGACGAUGCCGAGGACGACGUCAAGGAGCACAGGAGGCACGAGAGAAUUGGCAUUGUUGGAGGAGUGGUUGCUGGAGCUUAUGCCGCGUAUGAAGCUCACGAGGCCAAAGUGGAUCCCGAGCAUGGAAUAAGGCACAAAACCGAGGCCGGCAUUGCUGCUGCUGUGGCGACUGGAUCUGGCGGGUACGCGAUUUACGAGCACCACGAGAAGGAGGAACGCAAGGACGGCGUGGAAGAACUGGAGGAUCAAGAAGAAGGAGUCACAAAGAAGAAGCACUGGUUUAGCUAAGAGAUCUCCACGAUUUCAAGCUCUGGGACAUAUUUCGCUUUCCAGGGAGCUAUCACACCACUUUGUAGAAAGAAGGCGAUAAAGGUCAAAGAAAAAGGACUAUGGUUUUGGUUUAUAUGCUAUGAGAAUAAAUGGAAGAUCAAGAUGGUUCGCUCCAAUAUUUCUGGAGAGAAAA